AUGCAUGAAAUCAUCACUCUUCAGCUUGGAACCAAGAGUAACUAUCUGGCGACCCAUUUCUGGAACGCUCAGGAAUCAUACUUCACCUACUCUGACGAUGAAGAACCCCUUGUUAACCCAGACAUUCACUUCCGGCCAGGUCUUGGAUCCGAUGGCUCGGAGACAUUCACUCCUCGAACCAUAAUAUAUGACCUGAAGGGCGGGUUUGGCACUCUUCGUAAAUUCAAUGCCCUUUACGACAUCCAGGGUGACUCACAUCCUGUUCCCGGUCUUUGGGACGGCAACACCUCCAGACAUCAAGAGCGGCAGAUUGAGCCAUCCGAAUACCAAAGAAGUCUAGACCUUGGUCUCCCAACUACACAACUCCACACCUCGGACGUGAGGUAUUGGUCCGACUUCAACCGUGUCUUCUAUCAUCCUAGAUCCAUCGUUCAGCUCCACGAGUACGAGCUGAACUCGCAACUCAUGCCCUUUGAAAACUGGUCGGCUGGCGAAGACCUGUUCGAAAGCCUGGACAAAGAAAUUGAUCUGCUUGAUCGCGAUGUCAGACCGUUCGUAGAGGAGUGCGAUCAAGUGCAAGGUUUUCAAUUCUUCACCGGCGCGGAUGACGCAUGGGGAGGCUUUGCUGCGAAGUACGUGGACAAUGUGAGAGAUGAGUAUGGAAAGACAAGUAUCUGGGUUUGGGGCAUUGAAGACGGUUCCAGAGUAACUAGGGAAAAGCAGUCAGCAAGAGCGUGCAAUGCUGCCAGAACGCUCCGGUCAAUUGGGCAGCAAGCAUCAGCAUACAUACGGCUUGCUGCCCCUCCCUCAAUCCUUCCUCGAUACGUAAAGCUCGACAGUGGCUCUGAUUGGAUGAGCAGCGCGCUCCUCUGCGCGGGCAUUGAAUCUGUCACGCUCCCGACAAGGCUCCAUGCCGAGGCAGGGAAACGAGGAUCGUUGGGCCUAUUAGAGGAUACUUUGAAUACCAAUGGGGUUCAAAACAUCUUCGAGCUUCAUGCAAGCGUCAUGAGCUCGAAAAUUGGAGCCAAGGGCUCCUCCAACGGGACUGCGAUGGAGCAAGGCAAUGGGUAUGAAAAUGAUCAAAGCGCUAAUUUGCCAGAGCCAUCACAUUUAGACCUGGAUUACAGCCCCAGUCUGCUCAGUCCGUCGGUCGCGAGGUCCCGUCACGUUUUCGCCCAAGUCGAAUGUGAGCGAGACCACCUCGAGUCAGAUACUCGGCCGUUAACUCUGACUCACGAGGAGCGGCUGCGACGAAGACUGAACGAAGAAAGCGUAGUCGAGAUAUUUCAGACCAGUCUACAAUUUCCUGUGCUGGACACGUUUCCAGACACACUCUUCGAGACAAGCCGCCAGCCGAGCGGGUUGGACGUAUCGGCAGCCCUCGAAUGCAACUCGAGAAUGAAGGAUCGACUUUUGGACCUCAGGGAUGCGACAUUUCGUCUGACACCAUUGGAAGAACGAGAGGCGCAUUACAACGAUUUCACGCAAAUGGCCCAAAAUUAUGGCAUUGGAUGGGAGUCAGGAUCAGACCCUGGGAUCGACGAUGAGUGA